GGGACCGGGCGCGGGGUCGCCCGUGUGGCGGAGUGGCUGGAGCGGCCGGGCGCGGGGCCGCCCACUCCCCUGCGGGUGUGGAGCCUCCGGUCGGCCCGCCCGAGGCCGCGGCUGCCGCUCCUUCCUGUCCUGGCGGCACAGCCCUCCUCAGGGAGGCGGCCGGCGGGAGCAGCUCCCGUGCCGAUGCUGCUGCCGGCCUGGGAACUGUGCCUCUAUGGGCUCCUCACCGUGGGCUCCCACCUCUACGCUUUCUACGAAGCGCACCAAGUGUCUCGAAAGUAUGAAGCUGCAAUGGACAGAAGGUUUGGGCUGGACCCAGGGACUCUCUUUCGGGGGCUAAAAAAGGACCCCAUGGACUUUGAGUGGAGCUACUGGAUUGAAUGGGGAAGGGAGCGUAUACUGUGGCUUCUGGCUGGUCACCUGCUGGUAUCACAAGUGUCCAGGCUCUUGGUGGAGAAGUAUAAACCAUGGUGCUUGAUGGUUUAUGGAAUGGCUGCCUGCUGGCUGUUACUGGGAGUCAAGGGCUUUGCUGUCAUUUUGUUACAUGCAGCUAUUUCCUUUGCUGUGGCUCAGUUUCAGCUGUCACUCCUGACAUGGUUGUGCUCCCUUAUCCUGCUGUCCACUUUACGCAUACCAGCUGUGGAAGAAACCAAGAGGAAGUGGUAUGACACUGAAAAUGAGUAUUAUCUGCUGCUCUUCACUGUGUCUGUCCGCUGCCUCUUCUGCACUAGCUUCAGCCUGGAGUACUGCUGGCAUGCACCUACCCAGAAGUCAUCCCACUCCUUCCCCUGGAUGCUGGCAUAUGUGUUUUAUUAUCCUACAUUCCACAAUGGACCCCUUGUGAAUUUUGAUGAAUUCAGUAAGCAGAUGAGGAGACAAGAAGCUUUCAGUAUGAAGACCAAUCUCAGCAUCUUAAUUGUGGGCAUAAUUCGUAUUUUCUUUUGGUGGUGCCUGGCUGAGCUGAUGAUUCACCUCAUGUAUAUCCAUGCUCUCUACAGUAGUGCUCUGCCUUUGGAAUCUGCAUCUUACUGGGCCUUGGGUGAUGCAGUGUGCUUCUGGCUGCUUUGUGCUAGAACGGAGCAAAUGCAAAGCAGCUGGAAUGUCCCAGGUGGUCUGGCUUUAGCUCAAGUACUGUUCUUUUAUGUGAAAUACCUGGUUCUUUAUGGUGUUCCUGCCCUCCUCCUAAGAAUGGAUGGACUCCAACCUCCAGCUCUGCCUUGCUGUGUGAGCCUGAUGCACAGUUUCACUAACAUGUGGAGAAGUUUUGAUGUUGGGCUGCAUCGCUUUCUGGUCAGGUACAUUUAUGUUCCAAUGGGAGGAUCUCAGUCCAGUUUGCUUGGAACACUAUUAUCUACAGCCCUCACUUUUGCCUUCGUAAGCUACUGGCAUGGAGGACAGAGUUAUUUGUGGUACUGGGGUGCACUUAAUUGGCUUGGAGUAAUUGUGGAAAAUGGCACCAAGAGGAUACUUUCCAUUUCACUUAUUCAAGAUUUAAUUGAGCAUUUCUUCUCGCCAAGAUUUCGUCGUCGACUUCAUGCUGUCCUAGCAUCUGUUAGCACUUCAAUGCUGAUUUUAUCAAAUCUAAUAUUUCUUGGAGGAAAUCAAGUUGGAAAAAUCUACUGGAACAGGAUCUUUAUGGAAGGCUGGCCAUGGGCAACCCUGACUGUUCUUGGGUUCCUGUACUGCUAUUCUCAUGUUGGAAUUGAGUGGGAGCAGAAGUACGCGGCGCAUUAGGAAUGAUACAAACAAUUAUUCUUAAGGCAGGUUAAUGGUUUUUCUACACUGGAUAUUCUGUCUGCAUAAGGGUGAGCCAGACCAAGUCUUCAGUCCAGGUAUUAAAACCAAAAGCUAUUUAAUUGAUUCUGGAUUGCAAAUGCAGGAAUUGAACUGCAGAAACACUGAUGGCCUACGGCCGUGAAUGGGGAGAAAUUAUGAAGCAUUUGGAAUUAUGUUAUUUUUGUAAAACAGCAUCUCUGUGACGCUAUGUACAUUAGAAGUGUACAUCUCAGAACAGGUAUUUUAUAUAUGUUGAGGAUUUUUUUCAUGUUUUGCUGCCUCUUUUGAGAUACUGAAGAAAAAUAAAAUUCUACCUUGGAGAAUUCAAAAAGCCGAAUCUCUCACAGUUGGUGUCUGGGGGCAUGUAGGACUGUGCCCUGCACUUACACUGCUCCAUGAAGGGCAUGAUGCUCAUCAGUUCUUCCUGAUUGCUUUCUGAUAUAAGCUAGAACAUUUUGUAUUCUCACUGACUGGAGUAGUUCUGCCUUAAGCUACUUUUCCACCUACUGUAGCAAAGUCUGCUUUUUCUUUUUAAAGUCUUCAUUUAAAAUUUUGCCUUUAAAAUAACACCUUUUUGGUAACCUUAGAAAUGGUUUUGUUUCUUUAAAAAGAGAGAGUAGGGAGGCAGGUCUUUUCUUAAGGAAGAGCUUUCCUUUUUAAUCAAAUAUGCUCUUAAAGCUCCUCGGGCUUUAAGCGCUGUCUGCCUUGUCUUAGAGCUAAAGCAUAAAAUACUACCUUUAUUUUGGGGCUAAUACCACCUUCAGACUGUUCAGUCUGCCUCUUGUAUUGUUACAAAAGGAGAUAUCCCCAGUCUGGGUGAAUGGUAAAUCUGUUCAGUCUGCUUCAUUCUCUGGUGUCCAGGCAAUCAGCUCCUGCAAUAUAUUGCAGACACCCUAGGAGGAACUUUUCAAGACCUUUAGGAAAAAACAGAAAGGUCCAAUACAGUGGCACCAAAUUAGCUGGAGCUCCAUGUCCUCUGCCCACAGCCAGACCUGUUACAGCAGCAUCUUUGCCCAAAGAUUGUGUUGUCCAGAGCUGGGAAGGUCAUGCCUGCAGGUGUCCAUGUUGCAGGAGUGCUUCAGCACACGCUGCUUUCUGAGGGAAGGGGAGAUCCUUCCCCUGUCUGGUGCUGUGGGUGUCUGGUACACUGUUCUGUUUUAAACUGAUAUUGAAGAGCAGCCAGAAGACCUUCAGUCUUUCUAAAGUUAGACAUUCUCCCUAGGCAUGGUCAAAAGGCCACGAGUUCUGGAGAGGACUUCUUCCAAAAGCAGCUUCCUUCACCCAAAGCAUGUCAAAACUUGUUCCAUGCCCCUGGCAGACCUUUCAGCCUGUUUGGAGUUAGUAUCCUACUGUCCAUCACUCCUGCAGCUUCAGCCAAGUCUGAUACAACUUAUCCCUUCAACAAGGAAUUCAGUUCCUGAGAAAAAUAAGCAGAAAUUCAGUCUUCUGCUUAUUGCCUGCAUUUCUGAUGUCUCUGCUGCUCACAACUAUGGCAGCCUUCUUGUACCCUCCAUUUAUUCCUGAAGAAAUAAGGGCAGAGGCUUCAGCUCUCUAUCCAUGCAGAGAAAAGCCCAUCUCUUUCUGUUUCAAAGCUUUUUUUGUUGAGUGCCCCCGCUCUCCUGCCUUGAGAAUGUCAUGAUUUCCCCUGGAAGCCAGUUCUAGGAGACACCAUGGCCUGUUGAAAAUAACUUACCUUGAGUGCUGCCUGGCCAGAAACAUGGCCCUCCUGACUGGCUGAAUGAUGAUUGCAGGGAUUCUCUCAGCCACAGAGUAUAUGGCUUUAAGCCUCUGAAUUUAUUAACGGGAUCUGAGAUUGGCCUCCAUUUUGGGGCAGCACUGAGAUAAGGGCAAGAAUUUUCUCAAACUUUGCAAUUAAGUGGAAUUAGCAUUAGAGCAAAAAGUCAUGAAUCUGUUCUUCAGUCUUAUUGAUUACCAUUAUUACAUGAACCAAGGAGCUGCUGAGUGAUUGGAUUCCAAUUUGUAUGCAUGCAGAACUUCUGGGUCCAAUAUGGAAAUGACUCUGAAGGUCAUAUAGAGAUGCUUAUUUCAGAACUAAAUUGUUUUCUAUUUUUUUUCAGUGCUUUAUAUAUCUUUCAUAAUUUUGUACAUUUUUCUGUUUCUAUGAAUAAAGCUGAAAUGGACUGUUGGCUUGA